GGUAGAGUUAGAGCCCGUGCGGAGGCGGUGCGGAGCGCUUCGGCUCUGGGCGGCUCGGACACCAGCGUCGUGCGAGGCUGCGGCGGAACCUCUUUAAAGAAGGCGCAAGAGGUUGACAGCUUCGGUUGAAGCACAGCGAGCGGCGACAGCAGCCAGGAGUCAUGAGCGACAGCGGCGAGCAGAACUACGGCGAGCGGGAAUCCCGUUCUGCUUCCAGAAGUGGAAGUGCUCACGGAUCGGGGAAAUCUGCAAGGCAUACCCCUGCAAGGUCUCGCUCCAAGGAAGAUUCCAGGCGUUCCAGAUCAAAGUCCAGGUCCAGAUCUGAAUCUAGGUCUAGAUCCAGAAGAAGCUCUCGAAGGCAUUAUACGAGGUCACGGUCUCGGUCCCGUUCUCAUAGACGAUCCCGCAGCAGGUCUUACAGUCGAGAUUAUCGCAGACGGCAUAGCCACAGUCAUUCUCCCAUGUCUACUCGCAGGCGUCAUGUUGGGAAUCGGAGACAGGCAGACAGAGCCUCCAUCCGCUGGUACACUCCCCAAAGUCCUGCAACGGCCAGGGCUGGGCCAGGGCCGAAGCCGGGAACGCAUUCCAGGUCUCCCACGUGGGUGGUAGGAACCCAGUUGCUGGAGUCAGGAGCUGGAGCUGGGUAUCGAACCCAGGCAAAUCCUGACCCCAACUGUUGUCUUGGAGUAUUUGGUUUGAGCUUGUAUACCACAGAAAGAGAUCUAAGAGAAGUUUUCUCUAAGUAUGGUCCCAUUGCUGAUGUGUCUAUUGUAUAUGACCAGCAGUCUAGGCGUUCAAGAGGAUUUGCCUUUGUUUAUUUUGAAAAUGUAGAUGAUGCUAAGGAAGCUAAAGAACGUGCCAAUGGAAUGGAGCUUGAUGGGCGUAGAAUCAGAGUUGAUUUUUCUAUAACAAAAAGACCACAUACUCCAACACCAGGAAUUUACAUGGGGAGACCUACAUAUGGCAGUUCGAGACGUCGGGAUUACUACGACAGAGGGUAUGAUCGAGGCUAUGAUGAUCGAGACUACUAUAGCAGGUCAUAUAGAGGUGGUGGUGGAGGAGGAGGCGGAUGGAGAGCUGCUCAAGAUAGAGAUCAAAUUUAUAGAAGGCGGUCACCUUCUCCUUACUAUAGUCGUGGAGGAUACAGAUCACGUUCCAGAUCACGAUCUUACUCACCUCGUCGCUAUUGAAGCAUGAAGUCGAACACUCUGAAACCUGCCCUAGAGCUGGGAUGUUGUUUGUGGACAAUAUUUUUUAUUGUCUCCUGUUUAAAAAGUGAACAGUGCCUAGUGAAGUUAGGUGACUUUUACACCUUUUAUGAUGACUACUUUUGGUGGAGUUGAAAUGCUGUUUUCAUUCUGCAUUUGUGUAGUUUGGUGCUUUGUUCAAAGUUAAGUGUUUUCAGAGAAGUAUGUUUUGCAUGUAUUUUUUUACAGUCUAAAUUUUGACUGCUGAGAAGUUUCUAUUGUACAAAACUUCAUUUAAAAGGUUUUUCUACUGAAUCCAGGGUAUUCUGAAGAUCGAAGCCUGUGUGUAAAAUGUUACCAAAUGGCAAAAAGCAACAAUAAACAGUUUGGUUUUUA